UAUACAUAUAUAUAAUGUAUUAUAUAUAUAUAUAUGUGUAUAUAUAUAUAUAUAUAUAUACAUUUUUUCUACAUGCUUAACAUUUAUGUUAUUUUUUAUAUUAUAAAUAUCUGUCAUUUUCUGCUUAUUUCGGUCAACAUAAAUUAAUACAAAUAAUAAACAUGAAUUAGUCAAUUACAGGAUUAAUCUGCCACCUUCGUGAACUUGUAAACUGUAAAGCACUUUUUCAAGUAACAUUUUCAACAGUCCUGCACGUGUAAAGGGGGAUUAACUGCUUUUAAAAGUAAAGAAACGUUGUAAUCCGCUUUAACAUCAGGGCUCGCAAUGUAAAAAGUGUGUUUUAUGCUGCUUGCGCAAUGCUGCUCACCGGUACGCUUCAUGUCCUUUUACAGCAUAAAGCCACUUUAGGGCCCUCUAGUGGCAAAAGUGCGCCAAGCAUUGGGGCAGAUGAUACUGCAAAUUUUGGUAUCGAACGAUAUGUGGUAAAUAAAGAACCACGAGUAGUUUUUAGGCCAACAAAAAUCUUUUUAGCGAAUUUAUUUGCGAAUCUAACAAUAUAUAUAUAUUUUUAAAAACACAUUUAAUUAAAACAUAAUUUUUUUUUUUUACAAAAAUAUAUUCAGUAUCACCUAUUGGUGAAUAUAAUCUGGAGAACGACAAAAAAAUAUCGGUUUCAUUAAGGUAGUACCAACCCGAUACUGAUCCACCCUUAGUAGAACUGUUUUAAUCGAUCCACCCACGUAUAGUACUGUAAUUGUUGCUUUGAUCAUUAUUGAUAGAUAGCUACGUGAAAAUAAAGUCGUUUAUGAUGUAAAAUAUAGGAUAUAGUGCAUAUAAAGUCAGUCACAUACAUGAUACCCGGAAGCUGAAGGGUUAAACGCGAGAAGGGAGGGGGCCGGGAAUAGAGACAAAUAUCCAACAUGCAUAACUGUAAAGCACCGUCUUUGGCCUUAAAAUAAAAGCUUUUACAACAACAGCAACGUGUAUAAUCAUACCUUUUUUCUCCCCAACAACAAGUUAUACUCAUAAUGAUGAUACGAACACAGUCUAAUUCAUAUGGGCUAAAUAUUCUGGGCAAGCUAAUGUACGUUACCAUGGGGAUUGGCGAUUGGGGGAUUUUAAUGUGAAAAGCCAGCGCCAGUGUGUUCCGGUAAAUGAUAGCGACAUUGAUAAGAAUUGAAAGCCGCAGCAUCGUUUGUGUCGCUGCAGGAGCUUUGAAGCGGAACAAUUUUGACUGUGUUACAAAUACAGCAUACGUGAUUACUUUUUUUUACAUUUCCGUUUCGGUCUUUUUGAAGGGAAUUUGUGUUUUUUGAGGACUCAGAAGCCGUACAGGAGGUGUCAAGGUGGUGCAGUCAGCACCGAAAGACCGCAAUGGUGCGUUGCUAUUCUGCUUUUUGACACCGGGGGAUGACGUACGAGUCGGGGUUCUGCUCAGGUGGAUUAAACGGCUGAUUUUCGGGGGCAAUGCAGCUCGGCGCGUGCUUGGCUGCAGGUGCAUGGCCAACCUGACGUCACAGUCUGUGUGAAACCGCGCUUGCAGAACCGCCACCGCGCACUGAAAGCAUGCUUCCAGGAGUCGGUGUGUUCGGAACCAGCCUGACCGCCAGAGUCAUCAUCCCCCUGCUGAAGAAGGAGGGCUUCGCCGUCAAGGCGCUGUGGGGCCGCACGCAGGAGGAAGCGGAGGAGCUCGCCAAGGAGAUGAACGUCCCGUUUUACACCAACCGCAUCGACGACGUGCUGCUGCACCAGGAUGUGGAUCUGGUGUGCAUCAACCUUCCUCCGCCUCUGACGCGGCAGAUCGCCGUGAAAACCCUGGGUAUCGGAAAGAACGUGAUCUGUGACCGGACAGCCACUCCGCUGGAUGCCUUCCGCAUGAUGUCUGCAGCCCAGUACUACCCCAAGCUGCUGAGCAUUAUGGGAAAUGUCUUGCGCUUCUUGCCGGCCUUUGUUCGCAUGAAGGAGCUGCUGGAGGAAGGUUACGUCGGGGAGCUUCUGGUUUGUGAGGCACAGGUCCACAGUGGCAGUCUGCUGGGCAAGAAAUACAACUGGAGCUGUGAUGACCUCAUGGGAGGCGGCGGCCUGCACUCUGUGGGUAGUUACAUCAUCGACCUGCUCACCUUCCUGACGGGCCAACGUGCGUCAAAGGUCCACGGCUUCCUCAAGACCUUCGUCAAACAGACGGACCACAUCCGAGGCAUCCGGCAGAUCACCAGCGACGACUUCUGCACCUUCCAGAUGGUGCUGGAAGGAGGCGCCUGCUGCACGGUCACGCUCAACUUCAACGUCCCCGGAGAGUUUAGGCAAGAAGUGAUCGUCGUGGGCACCGUCGGGAGGUUAACAGUCACGGGGGCCGACUUGUACGGACAGAAGAACAACGCAGGCGGGCGGAGCGGGGGAGGUCCUGAGCUCCUCCUGAAGGACACAACACCUCUUGAGAAGGCGUCCUUGCCAGAGAAAGCCUUCAGUGACAUCCCUUCUCCGUACCUCACUGGAAUGAUCCGAAUGAUCCAGGCUGUGAGGCUGGCCUUUCAGGACCAGGAUGAUCGGCGGACGUGGGACGGCAGGCCUCUGACCAUGGCCGCCACGUUCGAGGAUUGUCUUUACGCUCUUUGCGUGGUGGAUACCAUCAAGAAAUCCAACCAGUGUGGAGAGUGGCAGAGCAUUGUGGUUAUGACGGAAGAACCAGAGGUCAGCCCGGCUUAUUUGAUCAGCGAGGCCAUGCGGCGGAGUCGGAUGUCACUCUACUGUUAGUAUCUUGCUGCUUGCCUUCAAUGCUGGGGGCAAAGGAUUCAUCGGAACCCUCUUAAUUACACCCACCAGUAUGUUUGGUGCUGUCAAACGUGUAUUGUUGCUGUUACGGACUGGAUCAUCUCUCAAUACUACGAAAACUAACAUCAGAAGCAAUCGCACCUUUUUUUUAUCAACACGCCUUUUCCCGUCUGAAAGCUUGCAUCAUCUGGAUCAAAGACGAACUUCUGUCUCUCUCUCGUACUGUACAUGACUCUUCUACCCACAUUGGUGGGUGUCCCCAGGGGUGUCCAAACUGCAGUUUUUAUUGGCCCUUGGCACAUUCUAAAAAUACAAUUAGACAAGAAAACUUCAAAAAAACGGGAAUUUAUGAGAAUAAAUUCAUAUUUAUAAGCAACAAAGUUGUAAUCUGACGAGAACAAAAAGUCGUAAUUUUUACAAGGAUAACGUGGUAACAUAAUAAGGGGAGAAAAAUCAUUUUUAAAGCAUGAAGUUAAAAUAUUAACAAAAACAUGCUUUUUUUUUU